GGGACCCGCCGGCGGCCGCGAGCGGAGCAUGGUAGCUCGGGCGGCGGUCGGAGCGCCCCCGUCGCAGCCGCGCUCCGCGCAGAUAUGCGCCUCUCGCUGCCCGGUGCGCCGGCAACAUGGGCUGUCACCCCUGCGUCCUCCUCCUGCUCGGCUGCGCCGUCCUCGGCUGCCGCGCCGCGCUGACCCUGCCGCCCCCCAACGAAGUCAAUCUGCUGGAUUCAAAAACAAUUCAAGGGGAGCUGGGCUGGAUCUCUUACCCGUCACACGGGUGGGAAGAGAUCAGUGGUGUGGAUGAGCAUUACACACCCAUCAGGACUUACCAGGUGUGCAAUGUCAUGGAUCACAGUCAAAAUAAUUGGCUGAGGACAAACUGGGUCCCCAGAAACUCAGCUCAGAAGAUCUACGUGGAGCUCAAAUUCACUCUGCGGGAUUGCAAUAGCAUCCCGUUGGUUCUGGGAACUUGCAAGGAGACUUUCAACCUGUACUACAUGGAGUCUGAUGAUGAUCAUGGGGUCAAAUUUCGAGAACACCAGUUUACAAAGAUUGACACCAUCGCAGCUGAUGAAAGUUUCACCCAAAUGGAUCUCGGCGACCGUAUUCUUAAACUCAACACUGAGGUUAGAGAAGUAGGUCCCGUCAACAAAAAGGGAUUUUAUUUGGCAUUCCAAGAUGUUGGUGCUUGUGUUGCCUUGGUGUCUGUGAGAGUGUACUUCAAAAAGUGCCCGUUUACCGUGAAGAAUCUGGCUAUGUUUCCAGACACAGUACCCAUGGAUUCCCAGUCCCUGGUGGAGGUCAGAGGGUCUUGUGUUAACAAUUCUAAGGAGGAAGAUCCUCCCAGGAUGUACUGCAGUACGGAAGGUGAAUGGCUCGUACCCAUUGGCAAGUGCUCAUGCAAUGCUGGCUAUGAAGAGAGAGGUUUCGUGUGCCAAGCUUGCCGACCAGGUUUCUACAAGGCCUCGGACGGUAACAUGAAGUGUGCCAAGUGCCCACCGCACAGUUCCACCCACGAAGAUGGUUCCGUGAACUGCAGGUGUGAGAAUAAUUACUUCCGAGCAGACAAAGACCCUCCAUCCAUGGCUUGUACCCGACCUCCCUCUGCACCAAGAAAUGUCAUCUCCAACAUCAACGAGACCUCAGUCAUCCUGGACUGGAGCUGGCCCCUGGACACGGGAGGCCGGAAGGAUGUCACCUUCAAUGUCAUAUGUAGGAAAUGUGGGUGGAACGUACAGCAGUGUGAGCCGUGCAGCCCAAAUGUCCGCUUCCUGCCCCGACAGUUCGGACUGGCCAACACCACGGUGACGGUGACGGACCUCCUGGCUCACACUAACUACACCUUUGAGAUCGACGCCACCAACGGGGUGUCAGAGCUGAGCUCACCUCCGCGGCAGUUCGCCGCUGUCAGCAUCACCACCAACCAGGCCGCUCCGUCGCCCGUCGUGACAAUUAAGAAGGAUCGCACGUCCAGGAACAGCAUCUCUUUAUCCUGGCAGGAGCCCGAACACCCCAAUGGGAUCAUAUUGGACUACGAGGUCAAGUACUAUGAAAAGCAGGAGCAAGAGACGAGUUACACCAUUCUGAGGGCAAGAGGCACGAACGUCACCAUCAGUAGCCUCAAGCCUGACACCGCUUAUGUUUUCCAAAUCCGCGCCCGAACCGCCGCGGGCUAUGGGAGCAACAGCCGCAAGUUCGAGUUUGAAACGAGCCCAGACUCCUUCUCCAUCUCUGGGGAGAACAGCCACGUGGUGAUGAUCGCCAUCUCGGCGGCCGUGGCCGUCAUCCUCCUCACCGUGGUCACCUACGUCCUGAUCGGCAGGUUCUGCGGCUACAACAAGUCGAAGCCCGGGGCGGACGAGAAGCGGCUGCACUUCGGCAACGGACAGCUGAAACUUCCAGGUCUCAGGACCUACGUUGACCCCCACACGUACGAAGACCCUACUCAAGCGGUUCAUGAGUUUGCUAAGGAACUGGAUGCCACCAACAUAUCCAUCGACAAAGUUGUUGGAGCAGGCGAAUUUGGAGAAGUGUGCAGUGGCCGCUUGAAACUUCCUUCAAAAAAAGAGAUUUCGGUGGCCAUAAAAACCCUAAAAGUGGGCUACACAGAAAAGCAGAGGAGAGACUUCCUAGGAGAAGCAAGUAUCAUGGGACAAUUUGACCAUCCCAACAUCAUCCGACUGGAGGGAGUGGUUACUAAGAGUAAACCAGUGAUGAUUGUCACAGAAUACAUGGAGAAUGGUUCCCUGGACAGUUUCUUACGUAAACACGACGCCCAGUUCACGGGCAUCCAGCUAGUGGGGAUGCUCCGCGGAAUAGCCUCCGGCAUGAAGUACCUCUCGGACAUGGGCUACGUCCACCGCGACCUCGCCGCCCGGAACAUUCUGAUCAACAGUAACCUGGUGUGUAAGGUCUCUGAUUUUGGACUUUCGCGUGUUCUAGAGGACGAUCCAGAAGCUGCUUACACCACAAGGGUGAGUGACAUUGUUUUUCUGUGGUUUCUUUUUUCCCUUUCUGUCUUUAUUGUCUACCUUGUGGUUUGUGACCUGCAAAUAAGUAGCAGUCAGGUGUGUCGGUUCCAGCUUCCCCUGAAGGACACUUGUCCUUUACCCACGCAAUGCCCUGACUUCUGGGCAAAAUAGAUGGUCGCUGCUUAC